AUGUCUCAGGAUCAGGAGAUUCCCUGUUGCACACAGGAACAACACUAUGCCCACAAUGAGAUCCAAGGCCUUGAGGCAACACAGGUCUCCAAGGCUGUGGAGGGGACCUCUCUCCCCACUUGUCCUCUAAUGCCUGGCAACAUGGAGGAAGUUCUGCCUGCUGGUAUACCCAGUACUUCCCAGAGUCCUCAGAGUGCCUACUCAUCUGACACUGUCAUCACAGCCAUCUCACCAAGCAAAUCAGAUGAGAGCUCCACCAGCCAAGGAAAGGAAAAUAGUUCAGCUGCUUCAUCAAAGGCCCUGUCAGACACUGAGAACUUGCCUGUAGACCCUCUCAAUGAGAAGGUGACUUUGUUGGUGCAGUUCCUGCUGCACAAGUAUCAAAUGAAAGAGCCCAUCACAAAGGCAAACGUGAUUGAUGUUGUCAUCAAAGAGUGCAAGGACAACUUCCUUGAGAUCCUCAGGAGAGCCUCUGAGUGCAUGGAGCUGAUCUUUGGUGUUGAUAUGAAGAAGGUGGACCCUACCGGCGAUGGUUAUGCCCUUGUCAACAAAUUAGGCCUCGCUUACGAUGUGAGGCUCCGUGGUGAAGAGAGCAUGCCCAAAGCCAGCCUUCUGAUAACUGUCCUCAGUGUGAUCCGCAUGAAGGUCAAUUGUGCCACUGAGGAGGAGGUCUGGGAAGUGGUGAAUAUGAUGGAUUUAUGUUCUGGGAGGAAACACUCCAUUUGGGGGGAGCCCAGGAAGUUCAUCACCAAAUAUUUGGUGCAAAAAUACCUGGAGUACCACCAGGUGCCGAACAUUGAUCUUCCACGCUAUGAAUUCCUUUGUGGCCGCAGAGCCCACACUGAAACCAGCAAGAUGAAAGUGCUAGAGUUUCUGACCAAGAUCCAUGAGUCUGACCCCAGAUGCUUCCCAUCCCAAAAUGAGGAGGCUUUGAGAGAUGAAGCAGAGAGAGCCUUAAGGAGUCCAAGCAGGGCCGGCACUACUGCCUUGGAUAGUGCUCAUUCCAGUGCCAGAUCCAGUAGCAGCUCCCACCCCUAG